AUGAACAUUUUGGUAUCCACGAUAUUGCUGGGCCUGCUGGCCACAGCUCUCUGCGAAAAAGAGACGACCAAAGACGUCCAGACCGAAGACUCGACCGCGGAGAAGAAACAAGAAAAAAGAGGAUUGAGUCACUACGAAGGAGGUGGAGGAGGUGGAGGAGGUGGAGGAGGUGGUGAUUACGGCGGAGGGCAUGAGAUUGCUCUGUCCGGAGGAGAGGGUGGUUACGGUGGCGGUUCCGAGGGUGGUUAUGGUGGCGGUUCCGAGGGUGGUUACGGAGGCGGCUACGAAGAAGGUUACGGUGGUGGUUACGGCGGUGGUUACGGCGGUGGUUACGGCUACCAGGAGGGUGGAAAAGUCAAAGAAAUCACGAUCGUGAAGAGCGUGAAGAUACCCUAUCCGGUCGAAAAGAAGGUUCAUUACCCAGUGGAGAAGGAAAUACCGUACCCAGUCAAAGUCCCCGUACCUGAACCAUACCCGGUUGAGAAGAAGAUACCUGUACCCGUGAAGGUUCUGGUCAAAGUACCUGUACAUAUUCCUCAACCUUAUCCAGUGGAGAAGAAAAUACCGUAUCCAGUUCACGUGCCGGUAGAGAGACCGGUACCUCACAAAGUCUACGUGCCACAACCGUACCCAGUGGAGAAGAAGAUUCCAUACCCAGUCAAAGUACCUGUACCACAACCGUACCCGAUCGAGAAGCCGGUACCGUACCCCUUGAAGAUCGUGGAGCACGUACCGCAACCGUUCCCCGUCGAGAAACCGAUACCGUACCCGGUCAACGUACCCGUCGAAAGACCGUACCCGGUCCACGUACCCAAACCGUACCCAGUGCCCGUCGAGAAGCAUGUACCAGUACCAGUUGAAAAGGUGGUGCCCUAUCCAGUCAAGGUACACGUGGAGAGACCAGUAGGAGUGCCGGUAGAGAAGCCAGUACCUGUCGAAGUUAAGGUACCCGUACCAGCACCUUACCCGGUAGAGAAGCACGUACCAUACCCAGUGGAAAAGGCGGUACCAUACCCUGUCAAAGUACCCGUCGAACGACCGGUAGCUGUUCCAGUCACGAAACACGUGCCUGUACCUGUGGCCAAACCUGUGCCCUAUCCAGUUAAGGUACCGGUUCCUGUGUCGGUGCACAGUGGUCAUGGCGGAGGAGGCUACGGCGGAGGAGGCUACGGUGGAGGAGGCUACGGUGGAGGAGGCUACGGCGGAGGAGGCUACGGCGGUGAGGGCGAAUACGGGGGCUACGAAUCCAGCUACGGGGGUCAUUAA